AGCUAGCUUAUUUUAGACUGUGCUUAUUUUAGACUACAGUUUUCUAUACAGUUUUCUAUACAGUUUGCAUGUGCGUCUAUAUUUGUUUAUGGUUCACAAAAUAUCACGCGCUUUUACUUGCAUCGUUAACAUGGAAUGAAGACAUAUGCCUCAGUGACUCUACAAUUAAUGCGAAUUAUUUUCUACCGUGAAAAAACCCUUCAGAAACUGAAUAUAUCUGUCUCGCUUCUUAAUUAACCGACUGAAGCAGCAAAAUGUCGUCUAAUUUGACGAUGGACGCGGUGGACAUGGAGUCCGGAGAUUCUCUGGACACGGAUUAUGCAGUCCACAGCUCGUCCAGCAACCCUGGUAGCAGUGGGAGUAGGAGCCACGUCAGUGGAUAUCCGCCGCGUUCACAUCCCUCACACGAUUUACACAGGCAAAUGGGUAACAUGAAUUUAAACGACUCCAAUCCUCAGGACCCUACAUUCGUGGAACAGCUCAGUCGUGUUUUCGACGGAGAAGACUUGCAACGUAUUCUACACAUCUACGCAGAAGUAGAAGCCCUGCACGAGAAAACGAACAUGAAUGAAAUUAUGACUAAGCAGGUCGUAACAAAAUAUAACGAUUUGAGUGCUCGUGUAAGAAAAUUGGAGGAAAAACAUAGAGGAAAAGGUACGAAUACGGGGACUGAAGACACUCGAAAUACUUUGAAAGAUACCAUGCUUAAAGAUGUAGAUGAUGCAGUCACUGUACUAUGUAAUGAACUUUUACUCAUGCAGUCGACAAUUGAAGCGCACAAAAUGCAAAAUUCGAGAGAUAAAGAUUCGUAUGAAAAGAGAAUUUUGGAUUUACAAUCAAAGAUAACCGAGAAAAAACACCGAAUGAGAACGGACGGAAAAUUGAACUGGAGGAUUAAGGACUACGAUCGCCUAUUAAAACUACACCAGACCACCAGCGAUGUAGAGAAAAUGUCAAUUGUGUCGUCUCAUUUUCAAACCCCCAGCGGACAUGAAUUCCGUCUACGUGUAUUUCUAAACGGCACUGGAAAGGGAAAAGGAAAAAGUCUAAGCAUGUUUAUUCAGUGUUACAGAUCUGAAAUGGACGAUAUACUCGACUAUCCUUUUAACGGAGUAAUUGUUUUUCGAGUGUUCGAUCAAACCUCAAAAUCGGAAAAGAAACAUCAUAAACUCAUGUUCAGAACAAACAAUUCUCCGUGUUUUCAACGUCCAGCCAAAACUAUUGAAUAUACUCCGGAAAAUGGGCUGGCGCAGCUCCUACCGCAUGAUCAAAUCCACAAAUCUGAAACGCAUGAUGGUCCUGUGUAUCUGAAAGAUGAUACUAUUUUUGUAGGUUGUGAAAUUAUGUCAAACACUUAAUAAAAUUUUUGUUGCUUUUUGCUAAAACAGUAUAGUUAUUUUA